AACAUUUAACAUCUGUCUCUAGCUCAGGAUACCUGUAAUCUAGUGUUACCACCUGCGGUCUUGUCUGAACACCACCUGUAGUCUAGUGUUACCACCUGCAGUCUUGUCUCACCACCUGGAACCUUGUGUCACCACCUGGAGCAUUGUCUCACCACCACCUGUAGUCUUGUCUCACCACCUGCGGUCUUGUGUCACCACCUGUAGUAUUGUGUCACCACCACCUACGGUCUUGUAUCACCACCUGUAGUAUUGUGUCACCACCACCUACGGUCUUGUGUCACCACCUGUAGUAUUGUGUCACCACCUGCCAAUUGAUGUCACUGUCACUUGACAAGAUUAAAGAUGGAUACCAAUCAAAACUUUGAUAUCAGCAGUCUCAGCUUCAGCGAUUCAGAUGACCCCCACGUCCACCGCUUACGUCACAUGUCCGCAGGGUUCAGGAGACCCCAGUCUGUCGCAGACUUCCAAAGGGGGUCAACUUUCUCCGGCGCCAGUUCCAUACACGUCAACCCCUCCAGGACCCGGACCCCCCGGACCUUCUCGGUCUCCUCCCAGAGCAGUCAGAUGGGUGGUGACGUCACAGCCAGCGGAAGUAUGACCUCUGACCUUGAUCAGUCCAGCCUUGAGAGUGAAAAAACGCCGCUGUUGAGGAGAAAUCUGGACAAGAACUCGGUGUCGACGCGACCGCCGAAAAGAUUGUUUGAGGGUCGAAGUUUGAGGGAUCUGAUCAAACUGCUGCGCCAGAACAUGGCCAGGGAGUUGACGUGGAGCAACUGGAGGAACUUGCUGAAGCUUCUCAAGACGUUGGUGCUCUUUUCUAUCACGCUGCUCUGUUGUAUAGUGAUCAUGUCCAGCGGGGAGGAGCAAGAGGUCGACAGGCUGAUGGUGCUGCCCAGAAACAAGACAGUCCUGCUACAGAACAACAUCUGCAGCCACGAACAGCCCAACAUCCGGCUCAAGCUCUUUGGGCCGUUCUUGGCCGGUGACGUCAGCAACGACUCGGACACUCUGGUCAUGUUCCAGCUGACGCGGGAGUUCAAGUUCAACGUGUCGAUCAACGCGACAGCUCUGAGAGCUGGGGACCAAGUGGAGAUAAUCAAAGAUUUAAACUGUCGAGGAGAAAUCCCCGGCAACCUGACAGCCCUGUCGGACGUUCAACUUCCGGUGGCCUGGUACACAAGACAGUUGUCAUGGCAACUAGAGAAUAAAGUGGUCUACGCCUUUAUGGUGCUGGGCUUUGUCUACAUCCUCAUUAUAUUCGAGGUCGUACACAGAACUUUAGCCGCCAUGCUGGGAGCCCUGGCCGCCAUUGCUGUACUGUCUUCUAUGAAUGAGCGGCCACCACUGGAGGUUAUGAUGGGCUGGAUCGAUAUGGAAACACUGAGUCUGUUAUUUGGGAUGAUGAUCAUUGUCGUCAUCUUCUCCGAUACCGGCUUCUUCGAUUACUCGGCAGUCACGGCUUACAAGCUGGCUAAAGGCAAGAUCUGGCCCUUGAUAACUCUGCUGUGUAUCUUUAGUGCAGUUGUCUCCUCUUUCAUUGACAACGUCACCACCAUUCUUCUACUGACCCCAGUUACUAUUCGACUGUGCGAGGUUUUGAACCUCGACCCUCGGCGUGUGCUGAUCGCUGAGGUUUUGUUCUCCAACAUUGGUGGCACCGCCACAGCCAUUGGCGACCCGCCUAACGUCAUCAUAGUGGGGGCGCUCAGUGAGAAGGGCAUCACUUUCUCCACGCUGACCAGUCACAUGUAUCCCGGCAUCCUGUUGGUCAGUCUGGCCGGAUACGCUCUGCUGCGCUUCUACUACAGGAACGUCAACGAGCUCAAGAACAAAGACCCGCCUGACAUUGCAGAAAUGAAACACGAGGUGGCCAUGUGGAGACGAGCAGCCACCAGGGCCCAGAAUGUGACCAAGGAGGAGAUGCUGAUGAGGGUCCUCUUUCUGCAGAAGGCCGUGGAGAUAGAGCACCAGCUUAACAGGGCCAUCAGACGACACGAGAAUGUCGAUUUUAAAGACAUGAUAGGCAAGCUGGAGAAACAGCAUAAGGUCAAGGACGUGUGGCUACUGGUCAAGAGUGGUCUGGUGCUGGUCGUGGUCAUCAUUCUGCUGUUCAUGUACUCGUUCGUCAGUGCCAUCCAUCUGGACAUUGGCUGGAUUGCUAUAGUGGGCGCCCUCUGGCUGCUAGUGUUGGCAGACAUUCAGGACAUGGACGCCAUCUUGCACAAGGUCGAGUGGUCGACUCUCAUCUUCUUCGCCGCCCUUUUUAUUUUAAUGGAGGCCUUAGCCGAGCUGGGGAUGAUAGCGGCCAUCUCUGACGUCACCGAGAGCAUCAUUUUGUCGGUGGACAAGGAGAGCCGACUGGCCCUGGCCAUCAUUGUCAUCAUAUGGAUCUCGGCCAUCGCAUCCAGCUUCAUCGACAACAUCCCGUUCACCACAGCUAUGGUGCCAGUUAUCCAGCACCUGAGCGACGACCCCAACGUUGACCUCCCCCUGAUUCCAUUGGUUAGCGCCCUUGCUUUUGGCGCCUGUCUUGGGGGAAACGGGACUCUGAUUGGCGCUUCGUGCAACGUGGUGUGUGCUGGGAUAGCCGAGCAACAUGGCUACGGCUUCAGUUUCUGGGAGUUUUUCAAAAUCGGAUUUUCCAUGAUGCUGGUGACCACAUUGACCUCGACUGUUUACGUUUUGAUCUGCCAUUGCGUCAUCGGGUGGAACUUCGUCUAAACUCGCCCCCCCCCCCAACAUAAUCUCACUGACCUUGACCUCAUAGACUCACGGCUCGGCGGCCGAUGGGGGCGUGUCCAAAGGUUGACACGUGACCAGCAGACGAGGACAGACACCGGAAGGAAAUGCUCAAUUGUGGUUGGAGGAGAAAGUACGUUUUGUCACGUGAACCUCGAGUCACGUGGUUCUAGUCACGUGAUGAGACAGAUGUAAAGAUAACUGAGGUGUCAUGCGCGUGCUGUCAUUCAUCGGUUCAUUAACACAGUGGGCGUGGCCACUCAUCUACGCGUCAUACGGCAACACACCUGUGUGACCUCGAUUACCUGCACAAUCUAUAGGAGGACACAUGAUUG